AGUGUCAGUUAGGGGAGGAUUUCGCAAGUGUACGACACCGGCGACGAGACGCUGGUGCAGCUACAAAAAGGAUCAGCUUACCUUGCGGCAAGAUCAUUUCUCAAGUGACUACCGUGCAGUGCGGAGCGGCAGCAGCAGCAACAGCUUUAUUUAAAAAAUUAACCAAACCGCUGAAAUAGUAAUAGACAUCAUGGCCGUGCAGGGUCAGAGAUUUAUGACCAAGACCCAACACUACCGGAAGGUGACCAAGCCUCUGCUGGAGCGCAAGAGACGUGCGCGGAUGAACCUGUAUCUGGACGAGCUAAAAGAUCUCAUUGUGGACACGAUGGAUGCGCAGGGUGAGCAGGUUAGCAAGCUGGAGAAGGCCGACAUCCUGGAGCUCACCGUCAACUAUCUGAAGGCGCAGCAGCAGCAGCGGGUGGCCAGUCCUCAGUCUCCUCCAGAAUCACAGGUUAACCUUGACAAAUUUCGGGCUGGAUACACCCAGGCCGCCUACGAAGUCUCACACAUAUUCUCCACUGUGCCCGGCUUGGACCUCAAGUUCGGCACGCACCUGAUGAAGCAGUUGGGUCACCAGCUCAAGGAUAUGAAGCAGGAGAUGGAGAUGGAUGCGGAGGAGCCCGUCAACUUGUCAGAGCGCAAGUCAGAGGAUCAACAAAAGCGCCCUUCAUCGCCCCAGGCGGAAGAACCCCCCAACGGAGAGGAUGUCUGGCGCCCCUGGUGAAGGUCCUGGUCGCAAAACUAAAUAAACCCAUUAAGAGAGCUUUACUACUCUGGAUUCAGUUGAUACUCAUUAAGAAACGAUCCAAGUUUUCCAAGGUCUAGUGUAAACAUUUGCCUCAGUAUCGUAUUUAGAUAUAUUCUAUAGGAGUUGAUAGUUGAUAUGAUGUGAUGUUCCUGUGAUAGUUCUUAAGUUCGUAUUUUGUAUUUGAUCUCCCCUAGGUUUAAGGAUUUCAUGUAUUUAAAUGAUUAUUUAUUUUGAAUUUAUUUUGAACAACAUUACAAAGAGCUUCCCCGCCGAGCUUCCACUUAGUUUUAUCAAGGAUCAAUAUUUUAUAUGCUUUACUUGCGCAUCUAUUGCCUGAAUUUAAUUAGAAUAAGAUAUGAAUACUUGAAUAAAAGAAUUUAUAUAAAACUGAA